AUGACCGAUGUACCAAAUCGUGGCCCGGCACUGCUGGCCGUUAACACGACGGGUGCUGUCCUCGCCGGCAUCACUUGCCUGCUACGAUGCUUUGUUCGAACCAGAGUUGUGAAAGGGUUUGGGCUGGAUGACUGGUUGAUGGCGGCUUCAACGGGUGCAUACAUCGCUUUCUGCUGCUUUUCCAACGUGGGGGUCGCUCAUGGCACAGGGAAACACAAGUCGGAUGUCGACCCAGAGAAUUACAAGAUUGCAAUGAACCGAUGGUACUACUGCUACCUCCUCUACGCCUGGUCCAUGAUUCUCGUCAAGCUCUCCAUCGGCUACUUUUUGCUCCGAGUCACCAUCACUCGCCUUCACAAAUGGAUCAUUUACGCCGCGGGCGCCAUCACGUGCGUCAGCUGCCUAACGUUUUUCUUCCUCGCCAUGUUCCAGUGCUACCCGAUUAGUUUUUUUUGGAACAAGGCCCAGGACGGCAGAUGCAUCAACAUGAACAUCCUGACGGCGUUGGGUAUCCUCUAUUCGAUCUUCUCCGUCAUCACCGAUCUGACGUACGCCCUGCUGCCCGCGUGGGUGGUGGCUCAGCUCAACAUGGAAAAAAAGUCGAAAGUGGCGGUAAUUGGUCUGAUGGGGAUGGGAUGCGUGGCCAGCGCGGCGGUUAUUGUUCGUGGGCCGUAUCUUCGACACAUGGGGAGUGAGGAUUUCUUGUGGGAUACGGCGCCGAUUGCGAUUUGGUCGUCUGUCGAAGCUGCGCUUGCUAUCACGGCUGGGUGCCUUGCUUGUUUGCAGCCUCUCGUCAAGAUGAUUGGUGUGAGGCUUGGUCUCGCGGCUUUCACGACGGCCUCCAAAUCUGGGGGGCGGGGGAGCAACCUCAAGAUGACGGGCGAUAUCUCGGUGAGGCGAUCUUUUACCCGACGAACCGAUUUGUUUUCGAGCGCCAACUAUCGUGAGCAGCAGGCGGCUGGGGAGCUGAAGCUUCAGCCGGGGUUGUCGGGGUACACGGCCAAGUGCUACGGCAACACGAGCGAGGAGGAGUUGAGGCCGGUGACAAAGGAUACGGAUGCAACGCUGAGGGGGGAUAGGGACAAUGAGAGCAAGGAGAGCAUGAAUGGGGUUGAGAAGGCGAGGGAGAGGGAGUCAGUAUGAUGAUGACUGGCAAUAUGUUGGAGAAGUCUCUUUUAUGUUUGCAUAAAGAAAGUGUGAUGACGACUUGGAUACGGAUGGAUACCCCCUCAACACCCCCACACCCCAGAACACCCCAUUUUCUGAGAAAUUAUCAGCGUUUCGAUGGUCGGUUUUGGUGUUAUUUUUUCUAUUGGGCAAAAUAUUUAUUGCAUCAUCAUUGAGCUUUUUUGGGGGGGGCGUGAUGGAGAGUUCUUUUGUUUGUUUGGAAAAGCGAGGUACAUUGUAUAGAUUUGGGUACACGCGUAGAUAUAUAUGCUAGCGAUAGGUUUUGGUAAAAUUUAAUUCGAAUUUGAGCGAUGAAAUGAGA